GCCAGAGCCAGGCCCGGGGCGGGGAGCCGGCCCCUCCGCCCCUCCGCCGCCGGCAUGAAGCUGGUGAGGAAGGACAUCGAGAAGGACAACGCGGGCCAGGUGACCCUGGUGCCCGAGGAGCCCGAGGACAUGUGGCACACGUACAACCUGGUGCAGGUGGGCGACAGCCUGCGCGCCUCCACCAUCCGCAAGGUGCAGACCGAGUCCUCCACGGGCAGCGUGGGCAGUAACCGCGUGCGCACCACGCUCACCCUGUGCGUGGAGGCCAUCGACUUCGACUCGCAGGCCUGCCAGCUGCGGGUCAAGGGCACCAACAUCCAGGAGAACGAGUACGUCAAGAUGGGCGCCUACCACACCAUCGAGCUGGAGCCCAACCGCCAGUUCACGCUGGCCAAGAAGCAGUGGGACAGCGUGGUGCUGGAGCGCAUCGAGCAGGCCUGCGACCCGGCCUGGAGCGCCGACGUGGCUGCCGUGGUCAUGCAGGAGGGCCUGGCCCACGUCUGCCUCGUCACGCCCAGCAUGACCCUCACCCGCGCCAAGGUGGAGGUGAACAUACCCCGCAAGCGCCGGGGCAACUGCUCGCAGCACGACCGGGCCCUGGAGCGCUUCUACGAGCAGGUGGUGCAGGCCAUCCAGCGCCACGUCCACUUCGACGUGGUCAAGUGCGUGCUGGUGGCCAGCCCCGGCUUCGUGCGAGAGCAGUUCUGCGACUAUAUGUUCCAGCAGGCUGUGAAGACGGACAACAAACUGCUGCUGGAAAACCGGUCCAAGUUCCUUCAGGUACAUGCCUCUUCUGGACACAAAUACUCAUUGAAAGAGGCCCUUUGUGAUCCUACUGUGGCCAGCCGCCUCUCAGACACCAAGGCUGCUGGUGAAGUGAAAGCCUUAGAUGACUUCUACAAGAUGUUGCAACACGAACCUGACCGAGCUUUCUACGGACUGAAGCAGGUGGAAAAGGCCAAUGAGGCCUUGGCAAUUGACACACUGCUCAUCAGUGAUGAGCUUUUCAGGCACCAGGAUGUAGCCACCCGAAGCAGAUAUGUGAAAUUGGUGGACAGUGUCAGAGAGAAUGCAGGCACAGUUCGGAUAUUUUCUAGUCUUCAUGUAUCUGGGGAGCAGCUCAGCCAGUUGACAGGAGUUGCUGCCAUUCUGCGCUUCCCUGUCCCUGAUCUCUCUGACCAGGAGUCUGGUUCAAGUUCUGAAGACGAUUAAUGAUUAGCACUUGUAAAAAGAGACCAUUUACUGCCCAACUUCUUCACCUACAUAAACUAAUAAAUAGAACAGAUGUUCUCAGAUCAAGUAUGAAAGCUGCUAGGAAGGUUCAGUUUCAUUUACAUGAGAGGUUUUUCUUGUCAGGCUAUUCUCUUUCUGUUGGAAGACCUAUACAACUAGAAAAUAAGAGAAAAGUGAUGUCUAAUUUUAUCCUUAUUCACAUUGGCAGUUAUUUUUAGGGUAAAAAUGGUUUAGAGAUACUUAGAAUAAGUAAUUUGAUACUUACAAAAAAAAUUGUUACAUCAGCAGCAUUCAGAGUGUGUACUAUACUGGGGAUAAGCUACUGUUUUUAAUUUGUAUUUUCAGAGUGCAUUGUGGUAAUUUUACUUCACAGAUAGUUAAACUGAGUGUUUUUUGAAAGAUGGAUAGAAAAUUAACCAAAGAAAACCUAAAAACUGACAUUAUUGUUAAGGAAAUUACAGGAAUUGAAUGAGAUCUUUUUUAACAUGCCUUCAAGAAGCCAUUGUGCUUAUCUUUAACUGUUAACCUUAUACUAUACUGUGCACUACUUAUCCUGCUAUUCAUGGAGUUUUAGAGUAGGAAGGAACCUUUGUAAAUAUAAACUUGAAUGUUACAAAUGAUAAACUGAAGUCCAGAGAGAUUAAAGUGACUUCCCUGACUUCAAGCAGCUAAUUAUUAGCAAAGGUCAUAAUAGAAUCUAACUGUGACUUCAUGUAUAUGGUCUUUCUGUUUAUACCAUGUACUUAUUUUGAUUUGUCAAAUUUAUUAAUUGUUGUAUUAUUAGAAUUUCAAGUUAUCUGACUUUAACUUAAAUACCUGGGAGCUUUAAAGCAGUAUUUUCUAGAUUCUAAACAAUUUUGGUUUAGUCAUGCAAUUGCAUCAUGAUUGAAUAGAGCCUAUAUGCAGCAAAAUAAUAAGCGAGGACAUGUUUGACUUAUAAUUGAAAAAGGGUGCUAGGUAAUUCUUUAGUUUACUACAAUGUCAGUGAAAUGGUCUAUUCCUAUUUGAAAUAGUAGAUUGUAUUUUGCUCAUGGUCUGUGGAUAUCAAGUGGAAAGUUUUAGACAUUCAUUAACUCCUUAUAAGUCCAAAAUGAUGUGAUUUAUUUCCUGUUCUGACAGCUGACACGUGUAAAUGAAAUCUACUGUUAAUCCUAACUACCAUUUUAACCAGUAUUUUACAUGUACCUUCUCAGCGAAUCUCUUCUCAAAGUUGCUAACCCUAAGUAAAAAAUAGAUCUUGCUUUUAAAUCCAGGCCUCUCCCCUACUUUACAAUUUCUCUUUAUUUAAGCAAAAAAAAAAUUGUUAUGUUCCCCCCUACACACAUAUACACACACACACACACACACAUACUUUAAAUAAGCUUAUAUUGUACUUGACAAAAUGAAUGACAUUAAGAUAUAUAACAGAUAUGUUGGUUCUUUAACUUAACCUCCUAGAACACUCCAUUUUCAAAUACAGCAAAGCAAUAGGAUCACACCUGUGUCAUUAGCUUAUGCUAACUGAAUAUGGCAAACCAUUAGCAUAUAGCGAUUUGAUAGUUUGACAUUGUGCAUAUAUUAAUCACUGUUUCAGUUUUGUUGACCUUGAUUUGAACUUUGCAGUGAAAACUGGAUUAUUCAUGUAAAAGUUGUACUAAAAAAAUCCAGUAAUUUUUACCAUUGCUUCACAUUUUCCAGGAAGGCAUGUCCUUUAGUUCAGAAAAUUCUGCCUUAAGCCAAGAUAUUUUCUGUUGUCAAAUGGCCAAAAAGCAAAUAUACUCACAUGUAGGCCAUGCUUUAUACAAAAUUAAGUCUUUUAAAGAUACCCAUAACAAUAUUAAGAUAAUUUGCAUCAUUGUAACCAUGAGGGGCCACCUGGAAAUCAGGAAGACCUGGGUUCAAGUACAGUUUCUGAUGUGGUGUUCUUCUAAGCCUGUCAUUUAAUCUCUCAGGCAACUCUUUCAGACUAAAUUGCUGAAUAGUUUCAGGUUUGUUUUUGUCUUGUCCAGGGAAUUUCCUCACUAAGAAUUCUCUGUAUCAGUGAAAUCAUAGACCCUACCCCUACCAAAGAGCAUUUAAAUCAAAAAGGUCUGCUUGUGUUCAGAUUUUAAUUCUUUUCUCUCCAUAGUAAUCAAAUACAUAUCUGAAAAAGUUCUCUAAUAUUUAAUAAUUUGUAAAAAUCUUUAUUUCCAAAUCUCCCUUUAAAAACAAGUGUUUUGGGAAUGGCUUACUUUUCUUUUAAAUCUGAACAAAGAAGACCAUUAAAUGUUUUGUGUGAAGAGGAUCUGUGGAAUUAGCAGGAUUCAGAAAAGGAGGCAAUUCCUAAGAGGGUUUCUGAGAGUAGGUUAGUGGAAGAUCUCUGGAGGCCUUGAAUUUAAACAUGCCAUUGGUUAAGAAUAAAACAUUUUGAGUAACAUAAUGGUUCCUUUUAUGCUCUUAAAAUUCUUGCUGCCUUUAAUAACUUAAAAACAUGUCAUGGCUUAUACCUUUCAGGGAUAUAUUGGUGCGCAAAUAUUUAUCAUUUUUCAGUUGGAACAAUUUGAAGCUUGUUUUGGUUUGCCUUAUCUUGGAUUUCUGCAAUGCAAUGGUGCUUUACUUUGGUAUACUUAAUUUGAAAAAAAAAAACAUUUUAGUAAAGUCCUUGAAAUAAAAAUAUUGUAAGCUCUUAAAAUGCUUAAUCCUAGAUUCUUAAAAAAUUAGGUUGCAGGAGUUUCUUCCAUAUUCAGUACUUGUUGUUCAGUCAUUUCUGACUUUGUGGCCUUGUGGGCCAUGCUAUCAAUGCCGUUUUCUUGGCAAAGAUAUUGAAAUGGUUUGCCAUUUCUUCUCCAGUGGAUUAUGGCAAUCAAAGGUUAAGUGACUUGUCCAGAGUCUGACACAGCUAAAAUGUGUGUGAGGUCGUAUUUGAACUCAGGUCUUCCUGACUCCAAGCCCAGCACUUUAUCCACUGAGCCACCUAGCUACCUCCUUCAAUACUAAGUAGUCUUUAAAUAUCUUUUUCUGUAAAAUUAUCCUUCAUCUGUACCUUUUUAUAUCAUCAGUUACGAUUGACUCCCCUGUUGAGACAGCUUAGUUCUUUCAGAAAUCCUGUUUGAUAGAAUGUUUAUUUUCUGAACAACGAUAAAAGUUCUAAUUACAUCAAAAUGAAGUUCCAGUAGUGUAUCGAUUUGUUGGUAUAGUAAAUGGACAAAAAUUACUCAUUUAGUUUAAUUAUAAAGAUAGUCUGAAAGCGUGA